AUGGCAAGCCCACACCGUAGCGACGUCACCAUCCAGAAACUAUACUGGAUCACCGCACGCAUCUUCGACCAUCAACUAAAGCCCAAUGAGAAUGCGAUUGAUGAUCUUGUAUUUGUAUGCCAAAAAACAGAUAACAUGAUCACAGAAGCAUUGGCAACACUCCAAGAAGAAGUACCUGAUGUUACCAAGUGGAGCCCACCCACAGAUACCAACACCAACACCGUUAGUACCAGUGACAAUGACAAUGACACCACCAGCACAAGUGACAACAACGCCGAUUCCCAUGAUGACACUAAUGCCAAUGACAAUACUACAACUACCCGUACUUAUAACAAUACAAGUGACAGCAGCACCAUUGACAACUGGACGUAUAUUGAACAAUGUAUCUCGAAGCUUGAUGAAAAUGCACCAAUUCUAUGGCAAAACAUAUAUGAUAAUGGCAGGACACGUGGUUUAUUCAAUAAUUAUGCCAGAUAG